AUGGCGGCGCCCGGGUGCCACGUGGGGACCGGGGGGGGGCGGGAGGGGGAGGAAGAGAACGGGGAAGAGGAAGAGGAAGAGGAAGAGGAAGAGGAAGAGGAAGAGGAAGAGGAAGAGGAAGAGGAAGAGGAAGAGGAAGAGGAGCAAGGAGAGGAAGCAGAAGCGGCGCUGCGGGCCGUGUUCCCCCGGGACCCCGAGCUCUUCGCCGAGACCUUCCCGGAGCGGCGCCGGUUCCGGCUGUGCGGGCGCGUCCUGCACAUCGCGGAGCACCACGGGCCGCGGCUCGGGCUCGCCGGGGCCGUCUGGGAGGCGGCCCUGUCCCUGUGCCGGUUCCUGGGCGAGCAGAACCUGGAGCUGGCGGGGCGGCGGGUGCUGGAGCUGGGCGCCGGUACCGGCAUCGUGGGCAUCUUCGCUGCCAUGCUGGGGGCCGAGGUGACGCUCACGGACCGGCCGCCGGCGCUGCCGCAGCUCCGGGAGAACGCGCGGCUCAACUUCCCGGGGAGCGCGGCGGGGCCCCGGGUGCGGGCGCUGCGCUGGGGCCGCGACCAGCGCCGCUUCCCGCCCAAGUUCCACCUCAUCCUGGGCUCCGACAUCGUGUACGACCCCCGCUCCUUCGCCCCGCUGCUGAGCACCCUCCGGCACCUGCUGGUGCCGCCGGCCCAGGCGCUGCUCAGCGCCCGCCUGCGCGGCGGCGAGGCCGGGGCCGCCCGCUUCUUCCGGCAGCUGCUGCCGCCCUUCUUCGCGGUGCGGCUGCUGCGGCGGGAGCCCGAGCGGGACAUCGAGAUCUACGCGGUCACCCCGCGGGACAGAGCCCCUUUGGAGCAGGACAGGCCCGGGCUGGGGUCCCUCACACCGCGGGACGGAGCCCCGGAGCGGGGCGGACCCGGGCUGGGCUCUCUGACCCCGCGGGAUGGAGCCCCGGAGCGGGACUGGCCUGGGUUGGGGUCCCUCACACCGCGGGACGGAGCCCCUUUGGAGCUGGACAGGCCCGGGCUGGGCUCUCUGACCCCGCAGGACGGAGCCCCGGAGCGGGACAGGCCCGGGCUGGGGUCUCUCACCGGGGAUUAAAUGGUGCGAGGGUCGCAG